AACUUGUUGUGUCUUUCUCUUUCUUCUGUCUCUUUCCAAAACGAGCUUCGAAAUCGGAGACGAACGGAGAAAUGGCGAAAUCGAGCGCCGACGAUACCGAGCUCCGGCGAGCUUGCGAGGCUGCAAUUGAAGACCCUAAGCAGAAGAUCGUGAUGUCUCUCCGCGUUUCCAAAAGUCAAGGGAUCUGGGGAAAAUCUUCCAAGCUUGGUCGUCAAAUGGCCAAGCCUAGGGUUCUCGCUCUCUCCACACAAUCAAAAGGUCAGAGUACAACAGCUUUUCUUCGAGUUUUGAAGUAUUCUACGGGAGGAGUUCUUGAGCCUGCAAAACUAUACAAGCUAAAGCACCUCUCGAAGGUGGAAGUUAUAACUAAUGAUCCCAGUGGGUGUACAUUUACACUGGGAUUUGAUAACCUUAGAAACCAGAGCGUGGCUCCUUCUCAGUGGACAAUGCGCAAUAUUGAUGACAGGAAUCGCCUCCUUCUUUGCAUCUUAAACAUCUGCAAAGAUGUUUUGGGUCGCCUUCCGAAGGUUGUUGGUAUUGAUGUUGUGGAGAUGGCUCUUUGGGCUAAGGAAAAUACAUCUUCAGUUUCUACUCAAAGCAACUUGCAAGAUGGUGGUCCUGUUGCAUCUGCUGUGACUGAGACAGAAUUGAAAGUCAAUGUAGAAAAGGAACUUGUCUCCCAGGCAGAGGAAGAGGACAUGGAGGUUCUUUUGGGAAAUUAUGUAAUGGGCAUUGGUGAAGCAGAGGUAUUUUCUGAAAGGUUGAAGAGAGAGCUCCAAGCUCUGGAAGCAGCAAACGUGCAUGCCAUUUUAGAAAGUGAACCUUUGAUGGAUGAGGUAUUGCAAGGGCUUGAAGCAGCAACGGAUUGUGUGGAAGACUUGGAUGAAUGGUUAAGCAUAUUCAAUUUGAAACUCCGGCACAUGAGAGAGGAUAUUGCAUCAAUAGAAACCCGCAAUAACAGCUUGGAAAUGCAAUCGGUAAAUAACAAAUCUCUCAUUGAGGAGCUUGAUAAGCUUCUUGAGCGAUUGCGUGUCCCUUCUGAGUAUGCAGCAUGUUUGACAGGAGGUUCAUUUGAUGAAGCUCGAAUGCUUCAAAAUGUAGAAGCAUGUGAAUGGUUGACCAGUGCCUUGCGUGGUCUUGAAGUGCCUAAUCUAGACCCUGUUUAUGCAAACAUGAGAGCUGUUAAAGAGAAGCGUGCAGAACUUGAAAAAUUAAAAUCUACUUUUGUCAGGAGAGCUUCAGAAUUCUUGAGAAAUUACUUUGCUAGUUUGGUGGACUUCAUGAUAAGUGAUAAAAGUUACUUUUCUCAGCGGGGACAGUUGAAGAGGCCUGAUCACGCUGACCUGCGGUACAAGUGCAGGACAUAUGCACGUCUCUUGCAACAUUUAAAGAGUCUUGACAAGAAUUGCUUGGGUCCAUUAAGGAAAGCUUAUUGCAGUUCUCUAAACUUGCUCCUUCGCAGGGAGGCCCGUGAAUUUGCAAAUGAACUUCGUGCUAGUACUAAAGCAUCCAGAAAUCCAACUGUUUGGCUUGAAGGAUCCACAGGUUCUGGUCAGAAUGUAAAUGCUACUGACACGUCUACAGUCUCUGAGGCUUAUGCAAAGAUGCUCACGAUUUUUAUCCCUCUUCUGGUGGAUGAGAGUUCUUUUUUUGCACACUUUAUGUGCUUCGAGGUUCCUACACUUGUUUCUCCAGUAGGUGUUGUUAAUGGCAAUAAAACUGGAUAUGAUGAUGAUGCCAAUGAUGAUGAUUUGGGAAUCAUGGACAUUGAUGAGAAUGACAGCAAAUCUGGUACACGUAAAAAUUCUGCGGAGCUUGCAGCUUUAAAUGAAUCACUUCAGGAUUUACUAGACGGAAUUCAAGAAGACUUUUAUGCUGUUGUGGAUUGGGCAUACAAGAUUGAUCCUUUGCGCUGCAUAUCAAUGCACGGAAUAACAGAACGCUAUCUCUCUGGUCAGAAAGCUGAUGCAGCAGGAUUUGUACGCCUUUUGCUUGGUGACCUGGAGUCUCGGAUAUCUAUGCAAUUCAGCCGUUUUGUCGAUGAAGCUUGUCAUCAAAUUGAAAGAAAUGAACGCAAUGUCCGCCAAAUGGGUGUCCUAUCCUACAUUCCCAGAUUUGCAACCCUCGCAACUCGGAUGGAGCAGUACAUCCAGGGACAGUCUAGGGAUUUGGUUGACCAAGCAUACACAAAAUUUGUUAGCAUAAUGUUUGCGACUUUGGAAAAAAUUGCACAAACCGAUCCAAAGUAUGCAGAUAUUUUUCUUUUUGAGAACUAUGCCGCCUUUCAGAAUAGUUUGUAUGACCUCGCCAACAUUGUGCCCACUUUGGCCAAGUUUUAUCAUCAGGCCAGUGAAGCCUAUGAACAAGCUUGUACACGCCAUAUUAGCAUGAUUAUCUACUUUCAAUUUGAACGUCUUUUCCAGUUUACACGAAGGAUUGAGGACUUAAUGUUCACUGUCGCACCUGAAGAGAUUCCCUUCCAUCUUGGGCUGUCAAAGAUGGAUCUUCGGAAGAUGUUAAAAUCCAGUUUAUCUGGGGUUGACAAGUCUAUUGCUGCUAUGUAUAAGAAACUGCAGAAGAAUUUGACUUCAGAGGAAUUGUUACCCUCCUUAUGGGACAAGUGCAAGAAGGAGUUUCUUGACAAGUACGAAAGCUUUGCCCAACUUGUGGCUAAGAUUUACCCUACUGAGACAAUCCCGUCUGUAGCAGAGAUGAGAGACCUUUUAGCUUCCAUGUAAUGGAGGUUUUGUUUAUGUAUAUGUUUUUCUUUCUUUCCAUCUUGUAUGAGGUAUAAUCUUUAUUUUUAUACCUAUGUAAUUUUAUUUAUUUAAUAAAGUGCAUCUUUUUUGUAGUUUUAAUUAUUUGAAACAAGCACCUUAAUGUAUCUUCGAACGAA